AUGUUCAGCCCUUUGAUGAUGAAGUACAUGGAAUCAACCUGCUCGUCUCUGGGCGAGCUGACCCGGGAUCUGAAUACCGACGUCUGGAAGACCACCGUGCCAGAGCUCGCGUCAGAUCAUCGCUUCGUACGACACGGCAUUCUAGCCGCUGCAUCUCUUCCGGACCGGACUCUGGCACUGGAGCACCACAACAUCGGGCUGUCGAUGUUUAUAGAAGCCCUCAAUUCCUCCAACAAUGUGGACGCGUUGUUCGCGCAUCAGUGUAUGAUGCUGGUAUUCAGCUAUGGCUAUCUUGAGAAGAACCUCUCGGGCUUUCGGGAUGUCGUCAUCAUCAUACGGGGAACUUCUGUUGUCAUCCAGGAGAAAGGUGAGCCGAAGGGCAAGCUCAGUGCGCUUAUGAAGGACAAUCCCGAAGCUACGUCCGUUGGUAUGCAGAUCCUGACCGACAAACUACUUGGGAGCAUAUCUGCCAUGGUCUAUCAUGAUCUCUAUGUCGAUGCAAUUAAGAGGCUCGAGUACAGCCUCGGCGUUGCGAAGGACCCGCAGUACCGUCAGAUCAUCGCCAAUAAUGUCUGGUUUGAGCUUCCGAAUGAGUUCUUGAAUCUCGUCUGGCUAGGUGAGCCGCUGGCGUUGGCAAUCAUGGCGGGCUUUGGAGUGGCGCUGCAUUGGUCGUGUAAUGAUAACGCGUUCACGAAGGGUUGGGGCAAGGGCAUUGUUGAGUCGGUGGGGAAGGUGCUGGGUCCGGAGUGGGACGAUAUCAUGAUUUGGGCGAUGACGGAGGUUGCGGAUUGA